GUGCUAACUUUUCCCAGAUUUUUAUAUUUAUCCCCCGCGUCUCUUUCCUCUUCCUUCUACUUUCUCUCUCCUCUUCCCUCCCAUCAUUAUCAUCCAUCUCUUCUGCACCCACCUGCCGUUCUCCACUUCUCCAUUUCUUCUCCUCAGAUCCUUCAAUUUAAGAUCAGCUUAAUUUGUGUUUUGGAGGAGAGAGAAAAAGAAGGGAGAGUUUUAAGGUGGUGGGUUUUGGAGUUUUAAGGGGAGGAGGAGCUGUUAGAUCUGUAACAAGAGGGAGGAGGAAAGGAAAACGAUGUCGUUUACAGGAACUCAACAGAAAUGCAAGGUUUGCGAUAAGACUGUGUAUGUGAUGGAUCAACUUUCUGCUGAUGGUGUUUCUUAUCACAAGUCUUGCUUCAAAUGCCAUCACUGCAAAAGCAGGCUUCAGCUGCACAGUUUUUCUUCAAUGGAAGGUGUCUUAUACUGCAAGCCUCACUUUGAGCAGUUGUUCAAGGAAACAGGGAACUUCAACAAGAAUUUUCAAUCCCCUGCGAAACUACUAGCUGAAAAGUCACCUGAUCUGAAGCCUCAGCUGACAAGGUCGCCAAGCAAAGCCGCAAGCAUGUUUUCAGGCACUCAAGAAAAAUGUACAACUUGCUCCAAAACUGUUUAUCCCAUAGAGAAGGUGACAGUGGAAAACAUAUUCUAUCACAAGUCUUGUUUUAAGUGCUCACAUGGUGGCUGCUCCAUUACACCUUCAAACUAUGCUGCCCUUGAUGGAAUUCUCUACUGCAAACAUCAUUUCUCACAGCUUUUCAGAGAGAAAGGAAGCUACAAUCAUAUUAUGAAGUCUGCUUCCGUCAAGCGAGCAGCUGCUCUCAUUCCUGAAGCUGUUGCAGCUGCAGUUCCAGCUCCCGAAACUUGAGUUCCUAAAAAAAAUUUGAAAUGAAUUAUUUGGAUAGCAUUGCCUUAUUCGUGUGUGACAACAAGUUAACAAAAAGACUGAUGCCUCUGCUUUGUUGUGUAUUAUCAAUUACAUUGACUCUGGUGUUUGCUUAAAAUGAGAAUUGUGCUCUUUUGUAA